AUGGAGGCGUUGGCCAAAAUCCGCUCGGAGGAUGUGCAUGGCGGCGUGAAAGUCGGCACUGUGUUGUUCUGGGCGAGAAAGUUCAUGUCUAUGUAUCACAAGCGGUGUCAGCUAUCAUUUCUCCAAGAGAACCGGGUUGUCAUCGCCACUGAUGCAUCUACUCACGGAUGCAGAGAUGUAUUGGUGUCACUGUUUUUCAGUCCAAUGUCAAAUGUCGCAGGCUGUGCAGUGAGCCAGAGUGUGGGCCUCAGCAAGGUCUUAGCCCCAAAUGAAAUUCCCCUCUGCCAGGAAGCUGAGGUCCGAGCUGCCAAGCGGGAAGAGGAAAGGCUGUCGUCAUACAAGCUGCUGCAAGCGCUGAGCCACCAGCUCCUGCUGCAAACCCAGCUGCUUACCCUGAUGAGCUUGGAGCCAAGCCCACAGCUUGGCCUGCUGCCACUCAAGCCAGGUGACUCGCGUGAGGUCAGCAAUGAGAAUGGCCAGGUCACAGUCACCAUUCGCAGAGCAGGCUCUGAGUUUGAGGAGGGCGUCAGGUGUGACUUGACACAUGUCAGAAAUGUGCCAAUUGUCACUUGUCUGAUGGAUCAGGGGCCCACUGGCCUUGCAGCGGCGUCCUUUAUGCGGCAUCACAACUAUCUGAUCCAUUUUGCCUGGGAUAAGAUUCAUAGGCUUAUCAGAGACUUGAAGCUCUCAGAGUCAUCUGUCCCAGGCCUAUCUCAGACAAUGCUCAUGUCGUCCUAUGUGAUGGGGAUAAAUUAUAAGCCCUUCGGGCGGGGCGCAUUUUUCGAAGAAAAAAAGGAAGCAUUGUCAGCUUUCAUGAAUACAACUUCAGCUGAAUCGCCCAUCUUUCAGAAAUAUGUGUCCAGGAUAGCAAAAGACUUCAACAUGGACUGCGGCACGGCUGCUGAGCAGAAUGCUAUCUGGGAGUCACUUGUCGAGAUGGCCACCUGGACUCGCAAGGGCGGCUUUCCGAAGGCCUCGCGCUGGUUCUCAUGGCACGAGUGCUGCGAAGACUUUCUGCCCGACUUUUGGGCCUCUCGAAUGGUGCUGGAAUGGUAUGUCGGGGGCGGUGAGGAGGGCUCAAUGCCCACCCCGGAGUCAAUGUCAAAUGUCACAUUUCAAAAGAUUCGUGGAGACCUCGGGGGGCUGAAGCUGGCAUAUCAGUGUCUGUCAAGUGACGUCUUUGAGAACAGCUGGCUGCUGUACUUGUCCGCGCAGCCGUCCUGGACAUGGUACAGCCAUCAGACGUCCAGUGUGAAGAGUCCAUCGGACGCUGUAAGUUACAGUGUCCAGAUGGCCUCACACUGGGCGUCUGACUCGCACUUGCAAGACACAGCAGCACUUCUGGGAUCGUCCAAUGCUCAUUCCUGGGAGGCCCUGUUUGAGUACACUAGUGAUGCGUCAGGUCUUGCAAACAACAUCUUGCAGUACCUUGUCAGGCUUCUUGGCCAGCGAGCAAGCUCCUUUGCCAAGCACAGCUGCCCGCCUGAGUGCUUUGCUGGAGUUCUUGCCGGGGAUGAGUCGCUGGGGCUGUCGAGUGAUGCUCA